AUGACGAGCUAAGUUCUUCCAUUAUAAACUUAAGAAGAUGAAAAUUUAAACUCAGACAACAGUUAAUCUGUAAUAUCCAAAAAUUCAAGUGUAAGAUAACAACCAACUGCACCUGUUCCGAUGCCUCCUAAUAAAUUAAGAAAGAGAGGAACGGUGUAAUUGGAAAAUGAAGUUGAGGAAGAAGUGAAUUCUAUUUUUCAUCUAAGCGUUAUAUUGAUAGCGAUUUAGAGUGGAAACUUUUCUUUGGGAUAUUCCUUAUCUUAUUUAUCAAUGUCGUUCACAACUUUAUUCUCAUAAAUUACUCUAAAAGGAUCGGAAAUUGAAGAGCAGGGUUUGUUCAGUGCCGUCUUAUCAAUAGGUUAAGUAGUAGGCGCUUUGAUGACCUAGCCAUUAUUAAAAUAUACAACGAGAAAUUAAUCACUUUUAAUAGCUGAUAUAUGUGGAGUUUUGAGCAUUUUGCAAGUUGUGCCUAACAGAGAAGUAAUUCUGACAUUUCGAUUCUGUUAUGGAGUAUGUUUAGGCAUAUCUACUAUCAUUAUGCCUCUCUAUGUCAAAGAAUUGUGUCCAUAGAAAUAUUAUGAAUCAUUCUCUGUCAUGGCAGGUUUUUUAGUUGGAGGAGGAUUAUUAUUUACUAAUUUUAUGGGAUUGGGAUAUAUUAAUGAUGAAUUAAGAGGAGUCAACUCAUACUAUUGGUAGAUUGUUUUUGCUAUCCCUGCAUUAAUUCAUUUUUUGAGAUCCUUUAUUGUAACAGCUAUUUACAAAAUGGAUAGUCCUGUCGGAUUGGUUUAAAUCAAAAUGCCAUUGUCAGCCAAAUAAAUUAUAGAGAAAAUCUAUCAGCCACAAUUCAUAGACUAAGUCCUAUUGAAAUGUUAGUUAAGAGUGCAAUAUAAUGAAGAGCAUUAGGAAGGAAUACUAAGUCUUUUUACUAAAAAGCAUUUUAAAACAUUAUCCAUUGGAUGUGUCUUGGUCUUUGUGUAUACUUGGUGCGGAUUAUUUGCUUUGUUCUCGUACAGUUCGUAAAUCUUUGCUAUAAUGUCUGACGGAGAUAUAACAUUAAACACAAUAUUUACUCUUAUUAUUGGAAUUGUGCAGUUUACUCCUGCAUUUAUUUCAAAGUAUGUCUAUGGAAGGUGGGGAAAAAGACCACUAUUACUUAAUGGCCUAAUUUUCCUUAUUUUUUGUUAGAUACUCAUUAUUGGUUUGAGUUACUCUGAUGCUUUGGUUGCCACUAUUAUUAAAUUUAUUAUUAUUUGUCUCUUCUCAGUUCAAUAUGCUAUGACUUUAGGACCUAUUACAUGGUCUAUGACGCCUGAAAUCAAUUCGAGCGAGGGAACCUACUUUUGUUUUGUUACUUUAUAUGCUUGGCAAUUACUUGUUUUAUACAUAUUCCCAUUUAUGUUAGAUGGAAUUAAAAUGAGUGGAGCAUUCAUUGUAUUUGGAAUUUUAACAAUUUUAUCAACCAUAUUCUUUUACAUUUUUGUUAAAGAAACAAAGGGAUUAAACCACAAAGAAAUAGAUAGAUUAUAUGGGAAAGAAUGAGUCUAAACAAUGUGAAUAUUUAAUCAAUGUUAGAAAUCAUUUGUAUUUCAAAAAUCAUUUAAUAA